AUCAAGCCAAUGAUUGGAGGAGGAAAUAUCACAGAGAUCACUCAUUUUAUCUUGUUGGGAUUCUCAGAUUUUCCCAGAAUCAUAGUAGUGCUCUUUGUGGUGUUCCUGGUGAUAUACAUUUUGACCCUGACUUGGAACCUGUCGCUCCUCAUCUUAAUAAGAAUGGACUCCCACCUCCACACCCCCAUGUACUUCUUUCUCAGUAACCUGUCCCUCAUGGACAUCUGCUAUGUGACCUCCACAGCCCCCAAGAUGCUCUACGACUUCUUCCAGGAGCGGCAAACUAUCACCUUUGUGGCUUGUGCUGUUCAGUACUUUGUAUUCUCCACCAUGGGGCUGAGUGAGUCUUGCCUCAUGACUGCCAUGGCUUAUGACCGAUAUGCCGCCAUUUGUAACCCACUCCUCUAUUCGUCAGUCAUGUCGCCCGCUCUUUGUGGUCGGAUGGUGCUGGGAUCCUACUUGGCUGGACUCUCUGCUACUGUAUUCCAAUUGUGUUUCAUGCUCAAGCUCCACUUCUGUGGGCCUAAUGUCAUCAACCACUUCUUCUGUGACCUGCCCCAGCUGUUAGUUCUAUCCUGCACUGACACUUUCUUUUUACAUCUCUUAACUGUUAUGUUGACAAUGAUCUUUGGGGUAAUAAAUGUUUCUGUUAUCAUGAUAUCCUAUGUCUCCAUUGUCAUCUCCAUCAUGAAGAUCACGACAGGAAGUGGCAGAUCCAAGGCUUUCAACACCUGUGCUUCCCACCUGACAGCAGUCACUCUCUUCUAUACCUCAGGCAUGUUUGUCUAUUUGAGUUCCAGCUCUGGUGGUUCCUCCAGCUUUGACAGAUUUGCAUCAGUCUUCUACACUGUGAUGAUUCCCAUGUUGAAUCCUUUGAUUUACAGUCUGAGAAACAAAGAAAUCAAAGAUGCCUUGAAGAGGUUGCAAAAGAAGAGAGGGUGUUGCUAAAGUCAUAGGUUGAGAUUUCUGACAGAUUUGUCUUUUUAGAAUCAUCUUAACCCUCAAUAAUCAGAGAAGGCAAUGGCAGCCCACUCCAGUACUCCUGCCUGGAAAAUUUCAUGGACAGAGGAGCCUGGUGUGCUGCA